AUGGCUCGAUCAUCCGCACAUGUUUCAUAUGCUGCGCCAACAGUACCAAUGGCUAUCAUCAUGACGGUUUUAUGUUUGUUUCUAGCCAAUAAUGUGACCCAUGCCCGAACGCCGGCCACCUACAUUGUCGGCGACGAGUAUGGUUGGGACGCGAUUAUUUUAAUGGACACUUGGGCAAAAGGCAAAACCUUUUACGCUGGUGAUAUUCUCGAAUUCAAAUAUGAUUUAUAUUCAAGCAAUGUGAUGGUGGUAAAUCGUACCGGCUAUGAAACGUGUAUACCAAACGAGAAUGCGGAAGAGCACAGAACCGGUGACGAUAGGAUCCAGCUUCCAUAUGGUCUUAGCUAUUACAUCGGAACAGCAGAUGCUGCUGAUUGCUCAGCCGGUUUAAAGAUGGCCAUAAAAGCAAACUGA